AUGCCCUUCCACCUCUCAGCAGACCAAUCAGCAUGUCCGCGGGUUCUGGUGAUCAACCCAAAUUCCACCGUAGCAUUCACGGAAGCCAUGAUGUCGGCUCUCAGGGCGACGGACGUGCAGCUCGAUUUCUACACAGCACCUACCGACACUGCUCCUGCGUCCAUUGAGGGGACAUAUGAUUCAGUCGUGUCCGCCGCCGCAUGCCUCAAGGAACUGCGAACCGAGGUUGGAAAAUGGGAUGGCUUUGUGGUGGCGUGCUUCUCGGCCCACCCUCUCACAAACGCCUUGCGUGAACUGACAUCUGCCCCUGUCAUGUCCAUCCUCGAGGCACCUUUGCUGUACGCAUCCACACUUGGCUCGCGCGUUGGGAUUCUCACCACUUCCCCACGCUGGGAGCCGCUUCUCAACCACGAUGUUGCGUCACUCCACCUCACAGGACAGAACGCUGCAGGCGUCGUGAGCUCGGGUCUCAAAGUGUUGGAUCUGGAAAGUCUGCCACGGGAACAAGUCAUGCGUCGCCUCUGUGACAAGGCCAGGGAAGAGCUGCAGGACCGCCGUCAGGCGGACGUGAUUGUUCUUGGCUGUGCAGGGAUGGUGGGCUUGGACACGGCCAUCAGGGAAGCGUGUCGUCCUGGAAUGGUGGUCCUCGACCCCGUCCGCUGUGCGCUGGAAAUGUGCGUGAGCUUGAUCAGGAUUGGUGGGAAAACGAGCAAGAUAGGCAUCUACGCCACGGCGUGA